GAGCGAGGAGCCGAGGCAGCCGCGCCCGCCCGCCCCGCCCCUGGAUGCCGCUGUGCCCCGGCGCGGCCGCCACCGAUCGCAGCACAGGAGCCGCCGCCGCCGCCACGGUUGAUGUGGUUGGCCCGGGGCUGAGGAGGCCGCUAAGAUGCCGCAGUCCAAGUCCCGGAAGAUCGCGAUCCUGGGCUACCGGUCUGUGGGGAAAUCCUCAUUGACGAUUCAGUUUGUUGAAGGCCAAUUUGUUGAUUCCUACGAUCCAACCAUAGAAAACACUUUCACAAAAUUGAUCACAGUAAAUGGACAAGAAUAUCAUCUUCAACUUGUAGAUACAGCUGGGCAGGAUGAAUAUUCCAUCUUUCCUCAGACAUACUCCAUAGAUAUUAAUGGUUAUAUUCUUGUGUAUUCUGUUACAUCAAUCAAAAGCUUUGAAGUGAUCAAAGUUAUCCAUGGCAAACUGUUGGAUAUGGUGGGGAAAGUACAGAUACCUAUUAUGUUGGUUGGGAAUAAGAAAGACCUACAUAUGGAAAGGGUGAUCAGUUAUGAAGAAGGGAAGGCGUUAGCAGAAUCUUGGAAUGCAGCUUUUUUGGAAUCUUCUGCUAAAGAAAAUCAGACUGCUGUUGAUGUUUUUAGAAGGAUAAUUUUGGAGGCAGAAAAAAUUGAUGGGGCCGCUUCACAAGGAAAGUCUUCCUGCUCGGUGAUGUGAUUCUACUGCAGAACCUGAGGGCGCUGGGAACCUGGCCUGCCUGAGGAAGCAACCUGGCCAUUAUCCUUCAAGAUAAACUCUGCUUCAUUUCUCUUCUGUUAACCUGAAAGAUUUCAUUUGGGUCAGAGCUUCUCUCCCACCUCCUCCUUUCAGAUUAUGUUAAACUCUGACUCGGUCCAAAUGAGUUCACUUCCAUUUUCAAAUUUUGAGCAAUCAUAUUUUCAAUUUAUAUAUUGUAUUUCUUAAUAAUAUUAUGACCAAGAAUUUUAUUGCAUUAAUUUUUCAGUGUAGUUUGUUGUUUAAAAUAAUGUAAUCAUCCAAAUGAUACAUAUUGUUACACUACCAUUAACUAGGCUUCAAUAUAUCAGUGUUUAUUUCGUUGU